UAAAAUUGUUAUGUCAACCCUGUUUGUUCCCCAUUGCUAAUGGCAACAAUCAUUCCAAACAAAUUUAUUGACCAUUGGAUCCAAGCCGCUUCAGCUUUGGGACAAGAAAGUGCGCAAUGGACAUAUUAAACGUAUAACCGACAAUGACAUACAGAGUCUAGUUCUGGAAAUAGUUGGUACCAAUGUGAGCACCACGUUUAUAACAUGUCCAGCGGAUCCAAAAAAGACUCUCGGUAUAAAGUUGCCAUUUCUUGUAAUGAUUAUAAAGAACAUGAAGAAAUACUUCACAUUCGAAGUGCAGGUCCUGGAUGAUAAAAAUGUUCGUCGCCGGUUUCGAGCCAGCAAUUACCAAUCGACCACUCGUGUAAAGCCAUUUAUUUGCACGAUGCCCAUGCGUCUGGAUGAGGGAUGGAAUCAAAUUCAAUUUAACCUAUCUGACUUUACGCGUCGCGCCUAUGGCACAAACUACGUAGAAACUCUUCGCGUCCAAAUCCAUGCAAAUUGUCGUAUACGACGCGUGUACUUUUCUGAUCGUCUCUAUUCUGAAGAUGAAUUGCCGCCCGAAUUUAAGUUGUUCCUUCCAAUUCAAAAACCAGUACAAAAGUCAAAUGCUAUAUGCGGCUAGGUUUUUUUCCGCCGCCGAAAUUGCAUCCAUAAUCAACUGCACAUAACACACAAUAUCCAAAUUUUAUAAAAGCCCAAGCUACAAAAUUUAAUUUCACUUUUAUUUACAUAUUUAUGACCUAAAUAA